AUGGUGUUCUCCGCAAACGCUGCAGUGGUGAAAGAAAAUAAAGCCUAUCUAGCCAAUUUCGCACAUCCAGAGCGGAAAGGAGAAAGAUAUUUCUUCGAGCAAUGGUUCACCAAGAAUGGUUACGAAUGUGUAGGAGACCGAGAUAUCACGUUUGAAGGAGCUGGUGACGCUUUAUGGGGUGGAGCUGGUUAUCGCACUUUGUUCACUGGCGUUGGACCGAGAACUGAUGUACGUGCCCUGAAGGAUAUCACUGAGAAGCUCACCGACGGUUCAUCAUGGAAGGCCCUUGGAUGUCGAUUAGUAGACCCACGGUUUUACCAUAUCGACACUGCUUUUUGCCCACUGAAUGAGGAACUGGCCAUGUAUUACCCAUAUGCCUUCGACCAUAUCAGUCAGCACAACAUGCACAAUGAAACUGAUCUCUUACCAGUGUCUGACAAAGAAGCACGUAAUUUCGCCUGCAACGCCGUUGUGGUAGGACGAAAUAUUGUGAUGCACCAAGGAAACGAUGAAAUUGCAGGGCAGUUGGAAAAGCUCGGUUUCAGCGUUAAAUACGUGGAUAUGAGCGAAUUCAUCAAGAGCGGUGGUUCGGCAAAAUGUUGCACUUUGGCUAUCUAA